AAGAUACUACUCAGUUUAUAACAGCGCAAGCGCGCGUUCGACAUUUACUAAAGCAUGGGGUGUAAGCAGUGUAAGUAAACAAUUGUUUUCUAUUGCGACAAGUUUGUAUUGAGACAAAUAAAGUAUGUGGGUGUACAAAUUUCUCACUCUUAAUUCUUAUUCUUAAUCAUAUCUCGUAUGUGUUAGAUUAGGUUAUUAACUGAAAAAGUCGUUUGGAGGAUGCGAACUAUUUUAUGUUAAAUAACCUACAGUGAGUUCUACAUAUCUUACUAUAAAUAAUAAAAAUGAAUGAGACAAGUAUAAAGCGCCCUAAGCCUGGGGAAGGUGAAGAAGAAUUAUUUCAUAUGCAAGAAGACUUUCUAAAGUCGAAAGAACAACCAUCAGCAAAAGUUAUUAAAUUACAUACUCAGAAUACAAACGAGAAAAAUCUUGCUGCACAAGACAAUAAAUCCAGACAAAGAUUAUCAAAAUAUGAACGUAGGAAACGUAGGGGUCAAGAAAACAAACUUUCAACAUCUCACACUGGUGGAGAUAUGUUGCAUCCUACCGUUUCAAAAGUAGUUACACAUGGAGAUGUUAUAGAGAGAUCUUUUGAUCCUGUUAAAAAUAUUUCUGCAAAACCCUCCAGCAUAUUGCUUGGAAAUAUUAUAGAAAAAAUAUAUAUAGGAGAGAAAUUUGAGUUUAAUCCCAUAAGUGGAUUGUCGUCAGAUACUAUGGAGAUGGGUUUUCCAAAAACUUUUGCAUUGGAAAACAAGGUAACUGAUGGAUCAAAAAGUUUGUUCUUACAAAAAUUCUUACAAAAGAAUACUAUGGUAAAUAAAUCAAAUGAAACUAAUAGUAAUUCUUUGUCGAAUGAGAAUGGCAGUAUUUUGAUUGAUGGUCCUUGGGCAUCUGAAAUUCACAAAGCCAAUGUUGAAAAAUUACGUGAAAUGAGCAAAGAAGAAAUUUUAAAAGAAAAGCAAAGAUUAGAGGCCACUUUAAGUCCUGAUAUACUAGCAUUUCUUAAAACAAGAAAAAAAACAAAGGAGCAGUUAAAAUCUAAAAAUAAUUUCUCAGCAACUGAAGCCCCAAUUGGGUUAGAUAUCCUUACGUCUACCAAGAUCAAUGAAAAGGACAAUAAUGUUCAAAGUAGUACUGAACUGCAUUGUACAACAAAUGACAAUACUUCUGAUACUGAUGUAGUAAUGAAGUCUGAAACUGAAUCAACUAAAUUAGGCAAGCCAUUAUUGGAAAUACUUGAUCAGGCUAAACAAAAGGGUUGGGUACAUAUGGAUCUCUUAGAAACAGAAAAAUUCAAGUGGAUGGAAGAAAUACCUGUAGGGGAGAAUGACAGUUCAUCAUCAGAGGAAUAUUAUAAUGCACGCUUUGACUUUAAUGGUGUUUUACUUCCAUACAAAGAUGAAAAUUUAACAGUAAACCAAGGACUCCAUCAUCAUGGAGAAGAACCUGAUCGUCCUGGCUAUACUCUUCAAGAGUUAUUGCAGCUCAGCCGAUCUGCUACACAACAACAACGUUGUACUGCAUUAAGUACAUUAGGAAACAUUAUGGAAAAAAGUCGUCGAGGCUGGUACGACAAGGUCUUGUACCCAGCGCCUUUGAGUGCUUUGAGUCAGAAGAAUAUUCUGCUUCUAUUAAGAUUUUCACUCGACGAUACAUCAGUUGCUGUAGUUACAGCAACAUUGCAAGCACUCAGAGCAUUCUUAUUUAGUGAGGCAGAUGAAGUAUGUUUGGACAGACUUCUAGGAUGGGGAAUUUACUCAGAGCCCACACUCACGCCUUCCUCAGAAGAUGUCAAUGAUACGAGUAAUUUAAAGGAUCAUGAACUAGCACAACUGGACACAGUUGCUGCAGCUUUAAGAUCCGACAUAGUUUUGCGAAUUCGGUAUAUUCUGAGUCAAAUGCAACCACCACCAGUUGGCGUAACAAGUGCAUUAGAAAUAUUAAUUCGACUUGCGAGACAUUCACGAAAAAGUGCACUUGAUAUUGCGACCACUCCAUACUUGUUAGAUAUUAUCACUAAAUAUUUUAUACCGUUGACUAUCGAUAAGAUGGCAAUCAAAAAUGUGAUCACCAAUGCAUAUGGAGUUCCAGUCGUUGCAGCAAUAAAAUUAUGUCGUGUUUUGAUCUGUUAUGGCAGAAAACCAGUAGCCGACAGGCUAGAAAACUUGAACAUCAUUCAUUCUAUCCUCUCUUACGUAAAUAAUGAUUCUGGGAAAUAUGGAAUUCAUCUGUGCAUCGAGAGCUUGCGACUUUGGAAAUUUUUAUUAAUAUAUGGUGCUGCUUCUGAAAGUAUCUCUGGAGCCCAAUUAAUAUUAGUAUCUCAAUUGCGCCUAUUACUAAGUAAUCACGACCUUGGCCAAUCUUCAGAAUUAGCAUGUGAACAUGCAGCAGCACUUGUAGCUGUUACUGGUUAUGAACCAUCUCUAAGAUCAAAUAUCGUAACAUUGUUAUCAAAAUGGAGUACGCAAUUAGCAUCAAUUUCGUCGCCUACAUGGACUAUGACGAAGUUAGUGUCAAAAACAUUAAUAGCUGUUGGCGAGACAUCUGCGAUGAAUUCAUCAUGGAUUUCCAAUAUCAAAAUAUAUUACAACAUAUGCUCGUCGUCGAAUUUGCUGAGUGAUUGUGUCAAUAAUAUUGAACGAGAUCCAUCCUCGCUUCCUAGUCUUGGUGUAUUAACACAAGAUGGACAACUACAACCUAUUGUAUCACAAAAUUCUUGUAUACCAUUCUUGGGAACGAUGCUAAAUGCUUUUUGUAAAUCACUAUGCAAAAAAGAGAUUCUAGAAAUUUUCAAACACAGUCAGUUCAAUAGGUAUAUCCGCAAACUCGAAGAAAAAGAAUGGUGUUUAGAGAGAUCUUGGUACACUCGUGUAGAAUUUUUACUGGUAUCAGCGAUAGUACGAUGUGGUAAUUUAUUACGUGAAGAUUUGAAUACUGAAACUAGGCAUAUUCUUUGGAAAAUAUCUUUGAAGCUGAUAUCAGCAUUACCCGGUGACGCUCGUCAUGAUAUUCGAGAAAUGCUCACUACAGCUUUAUCAAGUGAAAAACUCAAAAUUGAAGUUUUAUUAAACGAUUUGAACAAUCUUCAUUUAGAUAGCGAUGGUAGUCGCGUGGAAUUGGAAUUACCUAAUAAUUUGGCUGUACUAUACGAAGCGUAUAACACUGGUAAUGGUAAUUGGGAUCAAGCAGCUAUGCCUAGGGACUGGUUAUAUUUACCACUAGUUAAUUUGUAUACAAAAAGCACACAUGGUGUCGAAUAUAACCAAGGGGAUGAAAAGGUAGUUGCUAUCGUAUUAAGCUUGGAAUUGACUUUAUCAGAUUUAGUACAGAAACUGUCACCGAAUUUGAGAUUUAGCAGAUUGUUACUUGUAUACCUAUGUGAUACAUUGUUCCUGAACAAAAACGUAUCCGUUUUAUUAAUCAAUGCGUUGACUAAAUUUUUAAAAUGCAACUAUCGUAAUUUGGACUUCACACUGGAAGUGCCGGGUCUCAGUUCUUUCAUAGAUUUGUUUACUGCCCUUUGUGAACAUUUCGGUGCGUCUUCUUACGGUAAUCAUGGAUUCGCCAUGGCUUUGCUAGUACCGAUUGCGCAGCGACACGAUGUCCAUUAUAGAAAAUUAUUGUGGUCCGAACACGCAGGGGUUUUACGAUAUUUAAGCAUUCCCAUAGAGAAACUUGUUAUUCCUCUAAGCGAAUAUUUAUAUCCGAUAGAAUCAGAUGUCUCGAUGAUCGAAACUUACAUUACUUUUCUUGUUAGAGGAAUGAUUAAAAAAGAAUGGAGUCCUGUCGCAUACGUCAUUGCAAUGCACCAUACUGCUAUGUAUUUAAAAGGUACCAGUAAAUUGGCUACCAGAAUGAGAGAAAGCGUAGAAAAGAUGAACAAUAUAAAUUUGAGAAACGAUUUGCUAAAUUACGUUCCACCAGAAACAUGAGCAAUGUAACUGAAAUCGUACCUAGUACUAUUUCCUAUUUUAAACACCACGGUAUAUUUACAUGACAUAAUUGUAUAUGAUGUGCGAAGGAAACUGCAAAAAAUCUCGUUAGUUAUCGAUUUUAUUUUCCGUUCAUUUAUAAUAUGCGGAUUUAGUUAGCCAUUAUUAUACCUAUAUAAGAGUGUAGAUGUAAAACUUUUCAAAUGAAAUAGAUAAUAGGAACGAUAUAAAUGUUCAAUUAUCAAGCGUAGAGGCAUUAUUUGGUCGUUUUUCUUUGGUAUCCUGUAAUGUACAUAAGUAUAUGCAUUUAAUUGAUUCUACAAGCUGGAGUGCUUAAGCUUUAUAAAAAAUCAGUGAUAUGCCUUAGUAUAAAUCCUAAAAUCUUCUAGAUCCAUGUAAGUUGCAUCAUUGACGAUUAUAUAUUUAUCAAUAUGCCCAAUAUUCUACGGAAAUAUAUUUUUUGUAUUUAAAUGAA